AGGGGCUGGCGCCGGAAGUUCCUGUCGUCACUUCCGUCGCACUGGCGGGCGCUGGGAUGGACGCUCCGUGGGCUAGGGAGCAGCUCCGGCGGCGUUACCUGUUUCCUUCCGAAGCGGGGCUGGACUGCGAGGACAAUGCCAGACCAGAAACCUCCACAACUGUUGAAAAAAAGGAGAAACCUCUUCCAAGAUUUAACAUUCAUUCUGGAUUCUGGAUUUUGGCAUCCAUCGUUGUGACCUAUUAUGUUGAUUUCUUUAAAACCUUCAAAGAAAACUUUCACACUAAUAGCUGGUUCCUCUUUGGCGGGGCCUUGCUGUUUGUCAGCCUGUCAAUUGCAUUUUACUGCAUAGUCUAUCUGGAAUGGUAUCGUGGGAUUGAAGAAUAUGAUGUCAAGUACCCAACGCUGGUGCCCAUCACAACCGCAACUUUCAUUGCAGCAGGGAUUUGCUUCAACCUGGCGCUGUGGAAUGUGUGGUCAUUCUUCACUCCCUUGCUGCUGUUCACUCAGUUUAUGGGGGUCGUGAUGUUCAUCUCACUCCUCGGAUAAGUUCAAGACUUAAGAACAUGGCCAUUUAAAGUGAGCAAAGUAUCCAGCUUGUGCCACUGACCUGAAGGAGAAGCCUAGUGUGUGCUGGCGUCUCUGCAGUGGGUGGUUCCCAUGGAAAAAUUGUGACUUUCUAAAUCUGCUGUUGAAAUCAGAAUAAAUGAUUUUCUCUUGGGUGUUCUCAAA